AUGAGGGCAAGGCGAAGGCUCCUGCGGCCAAGCUGCCACUGCAUUCGAAGGCAGCGCCUGGCGCCAAGGGGCCUCCGCCUCCUCCCCCCAAAGCCUUGGGGGCCACGGCGGCUGCUGGGGGCGACGGAGAGCUCGCCGGAGAAGACGAGCGAGGAUGAGGGCAAGGCGAAGGCUCCUGCGGCCAAGCUGCCACUGCCUUCGAAAGCAGCACUUGGCGCCAAGGGGCCUUUGCCACCUCCGAAUGCGUUGGGAGCCAAGGCGCUUCCUGCUGUGGUGGCGAAGGCUGCUGGAGAUCAAGAGCAUCCCGUGGACGCCGCCACCAAGGCGCAGGGCUCACCCGAGAAGACGAGCGAGGAUGAGGGCAAGGCGAAGGCACCUGUGGCCAAGCUGCCACUGGCAUCCAAGCCAGUUGCUGGAGCCGCGAAAGCGCCUGCGCCUCUGUCGAAGGCCUUGGGGGCCAAGGCGGUUCCUUCUGUGGAGGCAAAGGCUGGCGGGGAUGAAGAGCAUGUCGGUGAGGCCGCCACCAAGACGCAGGCCUCCCUGGAGGGGGCGAGCGAGGAUGCGAGUAAGGCGAAGGCCCCUGUGGCCAAGCUGCAACUGGCUCCCAAGGCAAUGGUUGGCGCCGCCAAGGUCCCUUCGCCUCCUCCGAAGGCGUUGGUGGCCAAGGCGGUUGCUUCUGUGGAGUCAAAGGCUGGAGGGGAUGCAGAGCAUCUCGGUGAGGCCGCCAGCGACUCUCAGGCCACCCCCGAGGAUGCGAGCGAGGAGGCGAGCAAGGCGAAGGCUCCUAUGGGCAAGCUGCCGCUACCUGCGAAGGCACCAGUUGGCGCCGCCAAGGGGCCUUCGCCUCUUCCGAAGGCACUUGGAGCCAAGGCGGUUCCUGCUGUGGCGGGGAAGGCUGAUGGAGCUGCAGAUGAUCUCGGGGAAGCCGCUGUCAACUCUCAGGCCGCCCCCGAGAAGACGGGAGAGUAUGAAGGCAAGGCAAAGGCCCCUGUGGCCCAGCUGCCACUGGCUUCCAAGGCAGUAGUUGGCGCCGCAAAGGGGCCUCUGCCUCCUCCGAAGGUGUUGGGAGCCAAGGCGGUUCCUUCUGUGGAGUCAAAGGCUGGAGGGGAUGCAGAUCAUCUCGGGGAAGCCGCCAGCGACUCUCAGGCCGCCCCGGAGAAGACGAGCGAGGAUGAAGGCAAGGCGAAGGCUCCUGCGGCCAAGCUUUCGCUAGCUGCGAAGGCAGCGGUUGGCGCCGCCAAGGGGCCUUCGCCUCCUCCUAAGGCGUUGGGGGCCAAGGCGGUUCCUGCUGUGGCGGCGAAGGCUGCUGGAGAUGAGGAGCAUCUCGGUGAGGCCGCCAGCAAAACGCAGGCCUCGCCCGAGGAGGCCAACGAGGAUGCGAGUAAGGCGAAGGCUCCUGCGGCCAAGCUGCCACUGGCUCCUAAGCCAGUAGUUGGAGCCGCCAAGGUACCCUCGCCUCUUUCGAAGGCGUUGGGGGCCAAGGCGGUUCCUACUGUGGAGACGAAGGCUGAUGGAGAUGAGGAGCAUCUCGGUGAGGCCGCCAGCAAGACGCAGGCCUCGCCCGAGAAGACGAGCGAGGAUGAAGGCAAGGCGAAGGCCCCUUUGGCCAAGCUGCCAUUGGCUUCCAAGCCAGUUGCUGGCGCCGCCAAGGGGCCUGCGCCUCUGUCCAAAGCCUUGGGGGCCAAGGCGGUUCCUUCUGUGGAGGCGACGGCUGUAGGGGAUGCAGAGCAUCCCGUCGAGGGCAAGAGCGUGGCGGAGGGCUCGCCGGUGAAGACAAGCGAAGAUGCGAGCAAGGCGAAGGCUCCUAUGGCCAAGCUGCCACUGGCUCCCAAGGCAGUAGUUGGCGCCGCCAAGGGGCCUUCGCCUCUUUCGAAGACGUUUGGAGCCAAGGCGAUUCCUGCUGUGGAGGCGAAGACUGGAGGGGAUGCAGAGCAUCUCGGUGAGGCCGCUACCAAGACGCAGGCCUCCCCAGAGGAGGCGAACGACGAUGAGGGCAAGGCGAAGGCUCCUGCGGCCAAGUUGCCAAUGGCUUCGAAAGCAGGAGUUGGCGCCGCCAAGGUACCUUUGCCUCUUUCGAAGGCGUUGGGGGCCAAGGCGGUUCCUACUGUGGAGGCGAAGGCUGAUGGAGCUGCAGAUGAUCUCGGGGAAGCCGCUGUCAACUCUCAGGCCGCCCCGGAGGAGGCCAGCGAUGAUGCGAGCAAGGCGAAGGCUCCUGGGCCUGCGCCUCUGUCGAAGGCCGUGGGGGCCAAGGCGGUUCCUUCUGUUGAGGUGAAGGCUGGAGGGGGUGCAGAGCAUCCCGGUGACGCUGCCACCGACUCUCAGGCCGCCCCCCAGAAGACGAGCGAGGAUGAGGGCAAGGCGAAGGCUCCCGUGGCCAAGCUGCCACUGGCUCCCAAGCCAGUAGUUGGCGCCGCCAAGCUGCCUUCGCCUCUUUCGAAGGCGUUGGGGGCUAAAGCGGUUCCUUCUGUUGAAGCAAAGGCUGGUGGGGAUGCAGAUCAUCUCGGGGUAGCCGCCAGCGACUCUCAGGCCGCCCCCGAGAAGAAGAGCGAUGAUGAAAGCAAGGCGAAGGCUCCUGUGGGUAAGCUGCCAAUGGCUUCGAAAGCAGGAGUUGGCACAGCCAGGGUACCUUCGCCUCUUUCGAAGGUGUUUGGAGCCAAGACGCAGGGCUCACCAGAGAAGACAAGCGAGGAUGAAGGCAAGGCGAAGGCACCUGCCUUGGGGGCCAAGGCGGUUCCUACUGUGGAGGCGAAGGCUGGAGGGGAUGCAGAUCAUCUCGGUGAGGCCGCCACCAAGACGCAGGCCUCCCUGGAGGAGGCGAGCGAGGAUGCGAGCAAGGCGAAGGCUCCUGUGGCCACGCUGCCAAUGGCUUUGAAAGCAGGAGUUGGCGCCGCCAAAGGGCCUUCGCCUGUGUCGAAGGCGUUGGGGGCCAAGGCGGUUCCUACUGUGGAGGGGAAGGCUAAUGGAGUUGGAGAGCAUCCCGUUGACGCCGCCACCAAGACGCAGGGCUCACCCGAGAAGGCGAGCGAGGAUGAGGGCAAGGCGAAGGCUCCUGCGGCCAAGCUGCCAAUGGCUUCGAAAGCAGGAGUUGGCACCGCCAAGGUACCUUCGCCUCUUUCGAAGGUGUUGGGGGCGAAGGCGGUUCCUUCUGUGGCAGGGAAGGCUGAUGGAGUUGCAGAUCAUCUCGGAGAUGCUGCCAGCGACUCUCAUGCCGCCCCCGAGAAGACGAGCGAGGAUGCGGGUAAGGCGAAGGCCCCUGUGGCCAAGCUGCCACUGGCUUCCAAGCCAGUUGCUGGCGCCGCCAAGGGGCCUUCGCCUCUUUCGAAGGCUUUGGGGGCCAGGGCGGUUCCUACUGUGGAGGCGAAGACUGGUGAGGGUGCAGAGCAUCUCGUGGAGGCCGCCAGCAAGACGCAGGCCUCCCCAGAGGAGGCGAGCGAGGAUGCGAGCAAGGCGAAGGCUCCUGUGGGCAAGCUGCCGCUAGCUGCGAAGGCAGCAGUUUUCGCCAAGGGGCGAGUGGCUCUUCCAAAGGCAUUUGGAGCCAAGGCUGUUCCUUCUCCGGCGGGGAAGUCUCCGGGGGAUGCAGAGGAUGUUGACGCUGCCGAGGGCAAGAGCAAGGCGACGGAGGGCUCUGUGGAGGAGCAGAACGAUGGUUCAGCUCCAUCGAUUCCCAGUGAACCUCUAAGAGAAGCGGGUCUGCGGGUUCUUCGGCAGUUGUCAGAUUCUUCUCGUUCGUCGGGGGGAGACUCUCCAUCAGAGGGAAUCACUUCUGCUCCUCUGCUUGGAAGCAAACUCGAGUCUGUAGGUGUUAUGAAGUUAUCAAUGGCUUUGCUUUCAAGAGGCGGAGGGGCAAAGGCAGCAGAGAAAACCCUCGCCAAAGAAGCAGACUCAGAUGCUGAGGCUAUAGAAACAUCGCUUGCAGAAAGUGCUACCCCUUCUACGCCUGCUAUUGUGAAGUCCGUUUCGGCAGAAGCAUUAACAUCAGCCUCUGAAGCCCAAGUGAAGCCAAGAACUAUACCAGUGCUGGUUGACGGCAGAGUGGAGCAACAGACGCCUAGGAAUUGGUCUUUUGCCCCCACAGCAGUUGAUACUCAACUAUUGAAAUUCGAGAGAAAGGGCUACACCUCAACAGGAAACACUUUUUAUAUCAUGGGCCCCAAAGCCGCUGUUGAGUCUCUUCCAAUAGUAGACUCAUUUCAGCAGUCUCCGGAUAUUUCAGCUUCAGAAAUGGAUACAAUCUCAAGAGCACUUGUUGGCUUUGAUGCUAUCAAGGGUUUAUACGAUUCACCCACAGACCUCAUACCCUGGGACUGCAGCCUCAAGGCUUCGGCCAGCAGUAGCUGCGUGCAGAUAAGGAAACUGCCACCUGUACAGUAUGCCACAGCACUCAGCGUAUGGAGUGAGGUGAUACUGCAUCAGAAGAGCCAAGUCGUAUCGGUAGUAGGAGGCUAUCAACAUGGCAGUGAUCGAACCGUUCCCUCUCUGCUGGCUGGCUUCGGCCUUUUGAGUGGAUUCGCUGUGAAGGAGAAGAUGUUGUUCAUCAGAAGCGUCUGCCGGAUAUACGAUGCGUUGGCGCUUUGGAGCACAAUUGCGUCUCCUGACAAGGGAGAAUGGAGCUUGUGUCAGUGGAGGUGGAUCAUGGGAUUCAACAGCACUGGCCAGGCAAGAAAUAUCUCCCUCACAGGUUUCUUGAUACGUGAUUCCCCUCCUGCAGAUGCAGGCGCAUUGUCUGACGAAUUGACACCACAAAUAUUAGGCCUCCCAGGACUGUCAUCUACCCAACUGCAAGAUUCACUUCUACACGGUUGCAUCGAUCGUUUUAGAGAAAGUGAAAAAACUUCGAAGACACUCUCAGCCGUAAAAGAAGAGCUGCAAAAAACGCUCAACUGCAACAUCAUGGAGGCUACAAAUAUCCUCCGCAUCUGCUUGGCUUAUUGGAUACUUUCUAGAGGCUCCAACUUAAGACCCGAAGACAUCGAAGUCACGGAGCAGCUUCUUGGUGCACAGACGGGACUAGUUCAGAUAAUUUUCAAGCAAAGUUCAGGAGAAGACGAGGAUUUAUCUAGACAGCUCCGAAGUAUCCUUUAUGAGGGUCUUUUCUACUUCGUGACACAACUUGCCAAUAAGGAAGUACAGCGCUCUUUUCAACCGCUUCUACCCAUGAAGCCAUUUUCUCUUCAGAGCAAAGCUCUAGAUAUCAUCAUUGAAGAUGCUCCCUUUGCAAGCUCUGCUGAUGGGCCGCUCUCCUUCGGAGGAUUCGCUAGUCAGGCCUUACAGGUGCUGCAUCUGGCCGUUGCAUUCCGAGGCAUUCAUAACCUUCAACGUAUCUUGGAUACCGAUGAUGUAAAGCUGCCUGUAUACCUCAACUCUAUGACGCAGAAGCCACAUGCUCAGCUGCUUUUGCAGCUUCUCUUCUCAAGACACGGCGGCCUCAUCCCGUUCCUUGCAAAUGUGGUUGCUUGGAUCGAGUGGGCAAGCACGAAGCCUUGCGCAAAAGAAAUAUUGAAUGUCACACCUGAUGGUUCAUUACUCAUUGACUGGCUGGGCCAGUGGUCUCCUACGGAUCUGAAAGAGUUGACAAGCGCGUCAUCGACCAUCAAGGGAUCAACAUUUCGUUUGAUUGGGAACCUUCUGCGUUCUGCAUCUGCUACAAGAAUGUGUGGCCGCAUCGCCAACUGUAGCUGUGCAGCUCGAGUCCUCCAAGCCGUUCAGGAUUGCCUGGAGAUUGACCUGGUUGAGAGACCAGUACUUGUCGUGCGCUCCUCGGAUUCUCGAUUGACUAGUUGGACGUAUGAAGAGCUUCUGAAGGUUGAGGAUUGGCAGAGCUAUGGCUUUCCAGUGGUGGCACGUAUUGAGGACCUGCCGAAGUACUGCCCUAGACUCUUUGGGGGAGCGGCGUGUGGAGAUAAAGAUGACAUUGUUCGCAUGCUAGGACAGUAUAUUGACAUCAAAGACUUCGCUGUAGGCAAUUCACUUCUCUUUUUCAGGAGCGCUGCAUACAACUCCCUUUAUGCCUUUGAGCUGGCUGCUAAAUCUAUUGAAGAGGAGCGCAGAGCAAAGCUGCAAACUCUUGAACUUGAUCAACGUCUUCAGAGCAAAAGCUCUGGAGGCGUGCAGGUGAACAGCAGCAGAUCCGGAAGCAGCAGAUCUGUUGUGGAAAGCCGCAAGUCCUCAGACUCUUCGAAUGCAGUCAGCUCUGCCGGCGAUGCAAAGAGCCUAGAUGCAUCUGCUCGUAUGUGGCAGUCAUGCCCUGUAUUCUUUGAACCCGAUGGGGAGUUGAGGGAGAAAGCUCUCAGGCCUAGCCUCUCUGUAGGUGCUCUCCCUUCCUCAUCUGGAAUGUUGCAAUUUAAAGGGGGAAAAGGUGCAGCAGAGCUCUUGCUUAAGCGCCACAGCGCCGAAACAACUGGCAAAGUCUCUCCGCUUCUAAAGGUGAAUGGUCUUGGAAGUACGCAUUCUAUGGAGAAUGGAAAAACGCCGUCUGAAACAGAUGCAACUGUCAACACAAAAGGCUCAGCUGCUGUGUCAGUGAAGCAGGGAUCGUUGCCUGCUUCGGGCGACUCUCAACUUCUUAGCAGUACAGCAGAGGGAGCUAACGAGAAUCAUGCCGGCACAGGCGAAGAGAACAAGAACUCAGAAAGUGCAAUUAACCACGAACAGCAAAACUUGAAUUGCAGUAAUGAUGAGCUACGCAGCAGUGUUCAGUCAGUCACUGAAGUGCUCCCAGUCAUCAACCACAUCACUCCUACACAGAUGAAGUAUUCCAGCAUUCCUACACAGAUGAAGUUUUCUGAAAGCGGUGCAGAUGGCUCUGUCGAUAUAGAAAGCUCGGGAAAGCAAGCUGCUGAUGAGGGCGCUGAGGCGAGCAUCUCGCCACCUGCUGUUCUGCGUGAAACAGAAGGCCUUGACCAAGCCGUAGCUGCUUCCUCUUUUCCUCAAACAGAUGCAGUGGGGCCUAUUGAAAACCCCGGAGAGACACAAAAGUCAUCAUCAUCAGAAGGAAUGAGAGCAAUGUGGCGAACAAAUGUGAAAGAUAGUGCCUGGCGAGGGCUGGUUGUAAUGCCAAAAGAGAAAACCGAAGACUCGAGUACUUCUUAA